GUGCAUCUGUUCGCCGCCGAUACGCACGAUCAUUCUCCAAGCGUCGUCAAUGAUGGCGAUUAUUGAUGUCAAGCCUAAUUCGACCUACUGACUCUGCCACAGUUGGCUCACCUGUCACCACAAUCAACGGGUAGAUGUAAAAUUCAACAUUACGGACCGAAGACUGGGAGAUUGGAUUUGGCAUCUGAGAAGACUGAUUGUAAUCUAGGCCCCUACUUCAAAGAGUCGUAGAGUGACGUACACGUAAAACUUGUAGUCAUAUUGCUGCCUGGGAAUACAAAGUACGACAGUUUUUCUGAUUUUAUGACAAGAAAUACUUCUUAAUUCUUUGGCUGUGCGAACCAAAUGCAAAACCAUGAGUACCAGUAAACGGAAUGUUUUAGUAUUUCAAAACAAAGUACUUGUCUUAAAUGAUGUCACCAAGUGUGCUUUCUGCAACAUAUGUGUCAUCGGUAUUGGAACAAGAUACUCGAUUUUUACUCAGAAUGGCCACCCAGGAAGUAUGAAGGGCCUGACAGAACGAUUUUUUAAAUGUUCUUUCAGUGCCAAGAAAAAUGUCGGUUCCUACGUUUGUAAGACCUGUAAAAGGGUAGUGGAAAAGUACUUUUCUCUCCUCUCUGAAGCUGAACGUAUUAAGUCUAUCCUAGAUAGCCAGCGCCAACAAGGCCGUAUAGAAUUUAUAGACCCACCAAUGGCGAUAAAGAAAACUUCAAGAAACACACCUUCUCCAACUGAACAACAAAAUGUGGUUUUGAGUGGAUUUGUAUUUAAUGGAAUACAAUAUACAUCCAGCCAAACUGGGGCAGCUAUACAAACCAAAAAAAUACGCACCCUAUUGAAAUUGAAAGCUGAAAAUGAAGAAAAAUGUCUUGAAAGGCCACAGCUUAUAUUUGAUUCAACAGCAGCAGCAUUUAUUAAACCUAAACCGCCUCCUUCAAAAAGUCACAAAAUGGCUGCUGGUCGGGGAUGCAAUGUAACAUAUCGCUCUUUGGACUUGAAGAACAAAAUGCAUUCCUGUGUAGAGCCUCUUCUUACUGGAAAUGUUCGCAAGUGUGUUCAGCGACUGCAUGAAAAGUUUCCUACGCAUGUUAACUUUGUCAUACUGAAUACAGUAUUGGCAACGGAACUGAAAGCGUUAACGAAGAAUGACUCGCCACUUCUUGUAUCAAAUGAUAAUGGCAUUGAUACAACGUCACUGCAAGAGAUGAAGGAUUUUAUCAAACAAAGAGCCCCACUCUUGUGGAUGGUUCUCUGUACAUCUGCCACAAAGAAUAGUGGAAAUUUCAAUGAAGAAAUGGUGAUGAGGGCGUUUUCUUUACUAAUUGGUGCGAAGAAUAGACAGGCCACUCGGCUCCAAGAGUACUUCCUGGGAAUUCACGGUGGUGUGCAUUCGCUGUACAUUCCUCCGAAGGAUGGAGUGCUGGUCAGUAACAUAUUUAUAGGGACUGUACCAACUCAUCCAGCGGUUGAAAAAAAGGUUGAUUCAAGUUCUGAAGAGUGGAAAGCAGUAUUGGAUUUGAAAACGAGUGCAGAGGAGUACUACUUUGUGGGGAUUAACGGUGAUGUGCAUUCGCUCUUCAUUCCUCCAAAGGAGGAAUUGCUGUUCAGUAGUACGUUUAUAGGGACUGUUCCACCUCCUCCAGCUGCUGCAGAAAAGGCUGAUUCAAGUUCUGAAGAGGGGACAGCAGUAUUGGAUUUGGAAGCAAGUACAGAGGUCACAGCUGUAGAUUCUGGCAAAGAAGAUGAUGUUCAAGAUCAUUAUAUCGGGAUUGAUCACACAUACCACUCACAAGAUAGUGUCCUAUGUGUGUCCGAGGUUGACAUGCAGCUGCCUGAGCCUGAGAUUGACGCAGAGCUGCCAGAGUUUGACGCUGACCUGCCUGAGAUUGACACACAGCUGCGCGAGGUUGACACAGACCAGUCUGAGAUUGACACAGAGCUGCACGAGGUUGACAAAGACCUGCUUGAGGUUGACCAUCAUUUACCCGAGGUUGGCCAAAUGCACAUGGACAUUCAACAGGCCAAAUUCAUAAUGUGCAUAGGCGGCCAGGAUUACCAUGUCAUCCUGGAUGACGAUGACAGUGAUACGACUGACAUGACUGAUGGCAGUAAUGGCCAUGAAGACACAGAACAACUUAUUCAUAAUGCUGGAGGAUAUGGGUCUGAAUUUGAAUACGAUUCAGAAGCUGAGAGGAAAGAAGCCAGACGGAAAGACCUAGCCACAAAUAAGGGGACCGUGAAAACAAAGGUUGCUUCCAAAAGGGAAUUUGACACUGAAUAUGGAAAGGAGGAAGGGAGAACACAUCGAUACCACAACCUGAGUCUAAAUGCUUACGAUAGACACAAGAAGCUGGUAAAUGACUACUUGCAGUAUUACUGUGGAUCAAGGGAGGAAUUAAAAAGAGAUAGUUCACGUGAUAAAACAGACUUGGACGUGAUCCGAGAAAACCAUCAGUUUCUCUGGGAGGAUGAAGAUGAGCCAGACUCAUGGGAAAAGAGACUUGCCAAGAAAUACUAUGACAAACUCUUUAAAGAGUACUGCAUCACCGACCUGAGUCGUUACAAGGAGAAUCAGGUGGCAAUGAGAUGGAGGAUAGAGAAAGAAGUUAUCGCUGGGAAAGGCCAAUUUACAUGUGGCAACAAACGGUGUGAUGAAAAAGAAGGUCUGCGCAGUUGGGAGGUCAACUUUGCCUAUAAGGAAGAUGAUGAAAAGAAGAACGCUUUAGUCAAAUUAAGAUUAUGUGCAGAUUGCUCUUACAAGUUAAAUUACCACAAAAAGAGAAAAGAAGUUCUGCCUCGGAAGAGGAAAAACGAUGGUGAGGAAUCUCCUGAAGAGCCUAAGAAAGCAAGAACAGAAUCAUCAGAGUCACCUGAGACAGAGAAAGCCGAGACCUCAACCUCAGAUCAGAAGGUACCUGAAACCCAUUGGAGUGGUCCAGCUAAAGUUGAUGAGGACAAGUCAAGAGAAGACGAGUUUGACGAUUACUUCGCUGACAUAUUGCUGUGAGGUGGUGUUGAUCUACGGUGCCGCUACAAGCACUUUUAUGCAUUUAUUUUGCCUGAAGAUUGGACUUCAAAAUCGAAGUACCAAUAGACUAUUCCUCUGUUAUCGUGACACAACUGACGGGGUCCAAGAUAUGAUGUCCUGGACAAACAUUUCGGGAUAGAGACAAUGGUGCAGAUCACUUAAUAGAAAUGGCCAGUAGGGCAAGACGUCAGGAAAUCAUUGCGUCAUGACACCGGGAACCAGAAUUGUUUUGUUUCUUUAUGUUGGAUGUCCCAACUGUGGGUGUGAUAUGUCAUGUGAGGCAAGUUGCUUAACCUGUCAGGUGCUGGACUCCUAAACAGAUAUCAUUCAUUCAACUCAUGAACAAGUUUGUGUAAAUUGUAACCUUUCUUUGUAUUCGAGCUGUACAUAUAAGAUCGCAGUAAACUUUUUACA